AUGUCCAACAGCAGCUCCAUGCCCCAGUUCCUCCUCCUGGCAUUUGCAGACAGGCGGGAGCUGCAGCUCCUGCACUUCUGGCUCUUCCUGGCCAUCUCCCUGGCUGCCCUCCUGGCCAACGGCCUCAUCCUCAGCGCUGUAGCCUGUGACCACCACCUGCACACCCCCAUGGGCUUCUUCCUGCUCAACCUCUCCCUCACAGACCUGGGCUGCAUCUGCACCACUGUCCCCAAAGCCAUGGACAAUUCUCUCCGGGACACCCCAACCAUCUCUUAUAUGGGAUGUGCUGCACAGGUCUUUCUGCUUGUCUUCUUUCUUGACGCAGAGUAUUUCCUCCUCACUGUCAUGUGCUACGACCGCUACGUUGCCAUCUGCAAACCCCUGCACUACGGGACCCUCCUGGGCAGCAGAGCUUGUGCCCACAUGGCAGCAGCUGCCUGGGCCACUGCCUUUCUCAAUGCUCUGCUGCUCACAGCCAAUACAUUUUCCCUGCCCCUGUGCCAGGGCAAUGCUCUGGGCCAGUUCUUCUGUGAACUCCCACACAUCCUCAAGCUCUCCUGCUCACACUCAGGCUACCUCAGGGAAAUUGUGCUCACUGUGGUUAUUGCCUGUUUAAUGUUUGGUUGUUUUAUUUUCAUUGUUUUCUCCUAUGUGCAGAUCUUCAAGGCUGUGCUGAGGAUCCCCUCUGAGAAGGGACGGCACAAAGCCUUUUCCACGUGCCUCCCUCACCUGGCCGUGGUCUCUCUGUUUAUUACCACCUCAUUCUUUGUCUACCUGAAGCCCCCUUCCACCUCCUCCCCAUCCGUUGAUCUAGUGGUGUCAGUUCUUUACUCAGUGGUACCUCCAGCACUGAACCCCCUCAUCUACAGCCUCAGGAACCAGGAGCUCAAGGAUGCUCUGAGGAAACUCAUAACUGGGUGUUUUUCAGAAGCAAUAAACUCUCCUUCUUCUCUAUGUUAUGUACCUCAUUAAAGGCCAAUCCUGUU